AUGUCACGUAGGCCCCCGAAUCCUGCUGCUGAGCGCGCGGCGCAAAACACGCAGACCAUCAAGAGCCUGCUGAAAUUGGAGGGAAAUAAGACAUGUGCGGAUUGCAAGAGAAAUAAACAUCCGAGAUGGGCAAGCUGGAACUUGGGUAUCUUCAUUUGCAUAAGAUGUUCUGGCAUUCAUCGAGGCAUGGGAACACAUAUCAGCAGAGUCAAAUCCGUGGAUCUAGAUGCCUGGACCGACGAGCAAUUGCAGAGCGUUUUGAAAUGGGGUAAUUCAAGAGCGAACAAAUACUGGGAGGCAAAGUUGGCACCAGGGCACGUACCGUCGGAAUCGAAAAUCGAGAACUUCAUCAGGACAAAGUACGAGUCUAAGAGAUGGGUUAUGGAGGGACCAAUACCGGAUCCUUCAACUCUCGAUGCUGAAGGAGAUGAUGAUGUGCCGUUGAGUCUGGUCAAGGAGAAGCAUGCAAUUGAGCGAUCGACUUCACAAAAAGCUUUGGGAGGACAGGCCGCUGGGCCUUCGCAAGUAAGGAGAGCGCAACAGCCAGAUCUGUUUGGAGACGAUGCUCCAGUGCAAAGGGCUAGCUCUGCGGCUGCAGUUCCAGCGAGACCGCCUCCAAAAUCAGAGCCAGCUCCUCCCAAGCAAACGAAACCUGCAGACUCUCUCCUUGGUCUGGACUUCUUUGGUACUGAGGCUCCUCCACCAAACCGACCAUCCAGCGCAGCUCCCACUCCAGGAGCACAAUCGCGGCCAGACUUGAAACAGUCUAUCUUGUCUCUAUAUGCCUCCGCUCCUCGACCACAGCCUCAGCAGCAACCAUCUCAUGCCUCACAAGGGUCAUUUGGUGGUAUGCAAUCCCCACAGCAAUCUCCUCCACCAACACAAAGCAGUUUUGGAGGAAUGAAUGAUGCUUUUAGCAGCUUGAGCUUCUCUAACCAGGCUGCUCCUGCAAUGCAGGCACCUGCAAAGCAAUCUGCGUUUUCAGGCUUAGGCAAUUUGUCAAGCCACCAGAAGACACCAUCCCAAGUUUCCUCCCCACCUGCCAAUCUUGGAGGAGGGAGCUUCUUUGAUACCAAGCCUACACCAGCACCAACUCAGCCCAACCGCGGGUUCAGCUCAUCGAGUGGCUUCGGUGCGUUUGAUUCAGCCCCCGGAAUGUCGCCUCCUCCUAUCUCAAAGACAAGCUCCGGUCUGGACGACCUAUUCGACUUCUCUACGCCUUCUCAGCCAGCUGCCAAGCCUAUGGUCGCAUCACCUACCACCCAACACUCGUCAGUCUUUAACCUCUCACAGCCCGCCCCAGCACCUCCACCCAAACCUCAGUCCCCACCAGCAGCCUCCAGCGGGUGGAAUAAUAGCGAUGCCUGGGGAUCGAACGACGCAUGGGGUUCUACAGCAAAGACAAGUCCUACAUUGAGCAAAGCAGCACCUCAGUCAGCAAGCACAGGAGAUUUUGGAUGGGGCGCCGGAGGAACAUCAUUGGCAAAUCAAAGUAUUGUUCCAGGUGGCAGUGGCGGAUUUAGCACAGGAAGCAGUGCGCCGCCGAAAGUGAGUGCAGAUGACGAUUUCGGAGGCUGGAGCAGUGCUGCACCUGUUACGCCAGGAGCUGGUACCACCACCCAGGCGAAAUCAGCAUAUGGAGCGAGCGAGGAUCUGUUUUCCAAUGUUUGGGAAUAA